CAUUUCUGAACAAAAUUCGACGCAGAGGAUGCUCAACAAGACAGGUUAUACCUUACAAGUGCACCAUUGGUGAUGCAACAGAGUCCAGAUGGCAACUAACUAAAUACUCCUUCACAAUCUCUCUCAAUUCCAGUUGUCUCCAGUAGCUAUUCCACCGUUCCACGAUCGAUUCUAAUGGCGUCUUCCUCAGCUCUGAAUUCCUCUGCAACUCUCAACUCCACUCGUUUCUGGGACUCCCAUCACUCACCCAUUGCUGCUCCUCUCCGGUUCUCAUCGCUUCGCACCAAUCUCGCCCACUGUUUCCCUCUUCCACGCAGCAAUCUCACUCUCAAAGGGCGAUCCUCUCCGGCGUCUCAUUUCCCGAUCGUCAGAGCUCAAUCCUUUCACGAAUACGCACCAGAGGCAAAAUUUUACAAGGUGGAGGCAAUUCUGAGACCGUGGAGGGUCCAAAAGGUUUCUUCGGCACUUCUGGAAAUUGGAAUCCGUGGUGUAACCAUUUCUGAUGUUCGAGGAUUUGGCGCUCAAGGUGGAUCAUCAGAGAGACAUGCAGGUUCUGAGUUUUCUGAGGACAACUUUUUGGCAAAAGUUAAGAUGGAGAUUGUCAUCAGCAAAGACCAGGUUGAAGUAGUCAUAGAAAAGAUAAUUUCAGAAGCUAGGACUGGCGAGAUUGGUGAUGGCAAAAUUUUCUUGAUCCCUGUUGCAGAUGUGAUAAGAGUUCGAACUGGGGAGAGGGGAGAAAAGGCAGAGAGGAUGAUGGGAGGAAGAGCUGACAUGAUUGGGUUAUCAAAUGCAUGAGGAGGUGGUGGCAGUGUGCGGAGUUACUUUCCGGCCAAACACAGAUAUGCUGUUUUUAUGUUUCCUAAGAGGAUCUUUGUGCGUGAAAACAUUAUGAUGAUGCUCUUGGAUUUUUCUUGUUGUGAGAAUUAAUCUUUGGUGGCACUUUUAUUACUCUGCCACAGCUAAGAUGUCUAAUGGUGGUCGUGUUACUGCGAUCUACAGCGUUUUAGUUGGAAUAUGGAAAGUGUUUAUGGGACGUGAAGUCAAUGGAGUCCUGGGGUGAUGUUAUAGGAAUAUAGGAUGCUGCUAUUUUAAAAAAAUUGCUACAAAGGAAAAGAAUAGGAAGAUGGAUUUACGGUGUUUUAUUUCCCUGACAAACUCUCUAAUCAAACUGUUUUUUUUGUAGUAUCGUAGAGUACAUAAUGAUAUUUGUACGUGCAGUAUGUAAUGAUAUUUAAAUUUCAAUAAGUUAAAAUAACAUUAUACGUAGUACUCCGUUAUACUACGUGGAGUAAUAUAAUUACAGUAUAGUACAAAAAA